CCCACUGCUGGGGCAUUAUCCAUCCCUGGGGCAUCAUCUGCUGUGGCGUCAUCCACGCCCAGAGCAUCAUCCACACCUGGGGCAUCAUCCACUGCUGGGAUAUCAUCCACUGCUGUGGCAUUAUCCACACCUGGGGCAUCACCCAUAGAUGGGCAUCAUUUAUGCCUGGAGCAUCUUCCAUACCUGGGGCAUCAUCCACUGCUGAGACAUCCACGCCUGGGGCAUCAUCCACUGGUGGGACAUCAUCCACGCCUGGGGCAUCAUCCACUGCUGGGACACCAUCCACACCUGGGACACCAUCCACUGCUGUGGCAUCAUCCAUGCCUGGAACGUCAUCCACUGCUGGGACAUCAUCCACUGCUGGGACAUCGACGGCUGGGGCAUCAUCCACACCUGGGGCAUCAUCCACUGGUGGGACAUCAUCCAGUGCUGUGGCAUCAUUCACUCCUGUGACAUCAUUUACUGCUGGGACAUCAUCCAUGCCUGGGGCAUCAUCCACUGCUGGGACAUUUAGCCUGGGGCAUCAUCCACUGCUGGGACAUCAUCCACUUCUGUGGCAUCAUCCACGCCUGGGGCAUCAUCCACUGCUGUGGCAUCAUCCACGCCUGGGGCAUCAUCCACUGCUGGGACAUCAUUCACCACUGGGACAUCAUCCACUGCUGGGACACCAUCCAUGCCUGGAACAUCAUCCACUGCUGGACAUCAUCCACUGCUGGGACAUCCACACCUGGAGCAUCAUCCACGCCUGGGGCAUCAUCCACUGCUGGGACAUCAUCCAGUGCUGGGACAUUUACGCCUGGGGCAUCAUCCACUGCUGGGACAUCAUCCACUGCUGGGACAUCAUCCAUGCUUGGGGCAUUAUCCACUGCUGGGACAUCAUCCACGCCUGGGGUAUCAUUUACUGCUUGGGCAUUAUCCAUACCUGGGGCAUCAUCCACUGCUGUGGCAUCAUCCACGCCUGGAGCAUCAUCCACACCUGGGGCAUCAUCCACUGCUGGAACAUCAUCGACUGGGGACAUUAUCCACUGCUGGGACAUCAUCAACUGCUGUGGCAUAAUCCAUGCCUGGAACGUCAUCCACUGCUGGGACAUCAUCCACUGCUGGGACAUCCACUCCUGGGGCAUCAUCCACACCUGGGGCAUCAUCCACUGCUGUGGCAUCAUUCACGCCUGUGACAUCAUCCACUGCUGGGACAUCAUCCCCACCUGGGACAUCAUCCACACCUGGGACAUCAUCCACACCUGGGGCAUCAUCCACUGCUGUGGCAUCAUUCAUGCCUGAAAUGUCAUACACUUCUGGGACGUCAUCCACUGCUGGGACAUUUAUGCCUGGGGCAUCAUCCACUGCUGGGACAUCAUCCACUGCUGGGGCAUCAUCCACGCCUGGGGCAUCAUCCACUGCUGGGACAUCAUCCACGCCUGGGGUAUCAUUUACUGCUUGGGCAUCAUCCACGCCUGGGGCGUCAUCCACUUCUUGGACAUCAUCCACUGCUGGGACAUUUAUGCCUCAUCCACUGCUGGGACAUCAUCCACUGCUGGGGCAUCAUCCACGCCUGGGGCAUCAUCCACUGCUGGGACAUCAUCCACGCCUGGGGUAUCAUUUACUGCUUGGGCAUUAUCCAUCCCUGGGGCAUCAUCCACUGCUGUGGCAUCAUCCAUGCCUGGAGCAUUAUCAACACCUGGGGCAUCAUCCACUGCUGGAACAUCAUCGACUGCUGGGACAUCAUCCACUGCUGGGACAUCAUCCACUGCUGUGGCAUCAUCCACACCUGGGGCAUCAUCCACAGAUGGGCAUCAUUUAUGCCUGGAGCAUCUUCCAUACCUGGGGCAUCAUCCACUGCUGGGACAUCCACACCUGGGGCAUCAUCCACUGGUGGGACAUCAUCCACACCUGGGGCAUCAUCCACUGCUGGGACACCAUCCACACCUGGGACAUCAUCCACACCUGGGGCAUCAUCCAC